AUGGCCGAAGUCACUGCCCUGGAUGGCCUCGAGGCUCUCCACCGAGAGCUUGUCGCAGCCUGCGAGCAUCGCUUCGAGAGCCUCCAACUCCUCGAGCAGGAGCUUGACGCCCAUGCCGAGGCUUUCAAGAAGCUCCUCGACAAGCGACCGAGGAGCAAUGCCAGCCGCGAUGUUGUCAAAACUGGAAAGAUCACGGUCGAUGACGAGAAAUACUCCAUCAACGCAGAAUUCCAAGAGAUGGCCCUCCAGCUGGCCGACGAGCUAGACCUUGACGAGGUGGACUCGGCAAAAUUGCUUCUUGAUUCUCAGGACGACACUCGAACCCUCGGCCGCCCGUUGCUAGAAUGUGGUGUCAUCCGAUUCCACCAACAGCGCAGGUACCUGCUGGACUGCAUGCGACUCUGUAUCCAGAUACGGACCUCCGACGACGAAGAGCUCGACCCCCUACAAGAUGCCUUUGGCACAUACGUCACUGAGAACAUCUAUGGCGGAAGAGAUAAUGCGAAGAUUGUUUCGAGAUGUAUGACGGCCAUGCAAGACAUAAAGAACUGGUUACAGAAGCUUGCAGACCGGAUGACCACUGCGAACGUCGUCUACGCCGGCGCCGCUCCUCGGCUGCCUUACCACGAGGUGGUCGAGUUCUCUCGCGUCAGUCUGGCACAGCAACAUGAACUGCUGGCCUUGAUAAUGGCCAGCGCGAUUGAGAAACGCCACGUCAAAGCAGAUGACUUCAAGCAGCUACUGAAACAUCUGCAGAAGGUGGAUCGUUAUGAUCACCUGCUAGUCCACUUCUUCCCUGUCAUUGGCGCCUACGUAUCUUGUUUCGGUUCCCCCGAGGGGAGCGCUUCCACGCAAGAGGGAGAGGAGUUCAACAAGUUGAUAUGCAAGCAGUCCGAUGACGACACUUGGGUUAUGCCAUAUCUGCAUGCUGCAGUACAGGUAUGGUGGAUUGCUGAAUACUCGGGCUGGUUCUCCCAGAUUGACGAGGAGAUGUUCUUCGGGCCCUUUGCCGAGGCUAUGAAAGCUGGCGCCUUUGACUUUGUUCUCUCCGUUGCUGCGGAUGUGAAGACUCCAGAAUGGCAGGAUGCUGGUCGAUUGGGAAUACGACACUGGCUCCAGAGAAAGUCGCCCUCCCUUAUCGAUGCUGCCCAAUUCUCAGAUUCUUUCCAAACCGUCCUCAUGGUUCAUCUAGAGAAUUUGGUAGAGGGCCUCAUCUCGAAUCUGCCAGACGCACUUCGCAGGAUGCGGAGCGAAGAGGACGAACAACGCCAGCUCAGUCAAACCCAUGAACAAGAUUUGGAUCUGGAACGAUUCCUAUUGAUCAUCGCCUACGCAUAUGAAGGCCGGCCUGACGCAGCCUCAGCCUUCUGGACAGACCCUGACAGCAAUCUCGCCGGCUUUCUACAUUGGGCUUCCCGAAGAGCGUCCACGCCACUGGUCAGCGCCUUCUGUGAGAUGCUACAGUCCAUCUCGGAUGAUGAUGCUUGCGCUACAGCCGCCCACAACUUUCUUUUAGACGAGAGUCAGCCGGCAUCUGGCAAGAUGCGGAAAUCUCUCUCGCUCACGUGGACUCAAAUCUUCAAGGAACUCCACUUCUUCACGGUCAAGCUCCGGGAGCGACCUUCUACAUCACAAUCACACAUCUACCGCUCCGGAAAGCCCCCACCCGAACAAGCUGAGGCCGAGCCUGAGUCGGCGAUGAUGUUGGAGUGUUAUCUUCGACUCAUCACCAAACUGUCAACACAAAGCGAAGAUGUCAGGACAUUCCUCCUCACGGACGACUUCAACCUGGUACAGGGGCUUUUCCUUCUGGCCAGCACCCAGAUUCCUCCCAGGUUGAAGUCGUAUACUUUCUACGCACUACGGGCGCUGAUGAGCCGCAAGACGGAAGAGGAAGGUACCAUAAUGUGGGCCGUACUCGACUCGUGGGCGACUGGGCAGCACAAUCCGCCUCAGAUUCAAGGACGUCAACCGGCUGGGCCAACAAACCAGACCCCAGCCGCUCAAAUGCGAAGGCAAUUGCUGGAACUUUCUCGUGGAUUCGAGGAGCCGAACGCAGUGGUUCAGCUUCUGAACUCUCUUAUCUCUCCCGUCAACGAAUCGUCACCAUUGAAUGAUGCCCUUCCGUUUCCAGAAGACCUGGGCUCUCAAGUCAGGAUGCCAGGUAUUGAUCCCUACGCGGACUAUGUCCUGGGUUUCGUCUUUGCCGACAAUUCCGGAGCCCUGCAAGAUAUGACCCAGAUGAGGAUGCUGCGGCUGAGCUGUCUUGAGUUUGCGCUGCUGUGCCUCGACACCUUCAACGAAGAUCUGAUUGUGCUCGGCAACGAAACGAACAUUCCUGUGGAUUCCAUCAUGGCGACAACCGAUCUCGCCGCCUACAUCAGACUUCAUCCCUUCGCGCGCGUGAUGGAGUGGAUGUUGAACGAGCGGGUGAUGGCUGCCCUUUUUGAAGCGAUAAACCAAAGGCACCCAGAUGAUGUCGCCCAACUCGCCAGUGCGCCUCCAGAUUCGCCUAUAAUACUGAGCACUUUACGCGCUGUUGAGGUUGUGAGCAAAGUACUCGACAUGCAAGACACGUAUGCCGAUCUCGUGCGCCCGCUUCUCCGGAGCCAGUCGAUAAAGAGAGAGCCAGUGGCGACAUCGUACACAUCUUUCACCGAUGGGAUGAUGAAUCACCUCCCUCUGAUCGUGAAUCUGGGCCGCUACUGUGGAAUGGGCCACCCAGGGUUGACACUCGCAUGUCUGAAACUGCUAGAGAAGGUCUCUUCCUCCGCAAGGAUAACCUCAGCUUGGAACCCCGGCCACUUUGGUCAAACGCACCGCAACAAAGCCAUUGUCGCUUUGGAGACAAAUGGUGACGCCGAGUCCAUCUCCGGGUCCUUCAUUGCAGAAUUGGUAGCUCCUCUUGAUCUGGCGCGAGGGGCAGAUACACCCAACUUCAUGAUCAAGUUGUACAUUCUUGACUUUAUUUUUGCCUGCCUGCAGGCCACUCCUAAUCAGCCCACCAUAGCCCAUCUGUUCCUGGGCUUUCAGUGUGGCAUGGAUUCCGUGUCAGUUGAGACCGAGGGAGACUUCGAUUCGCGCACCUCCAUGUUUCACCACUUGUUACGCGUUCUUCUUGAGACGCCCUUCGGUGACGAAGAGACGGGCAUGUGGCGGUGGACGAUUGAAUUGAAGUUCAAGAUCAUGAGGAUUCUUCGAAUCCUCUGGACCUCGUCUCUGACUUCGUCCAUCGUUCUGAAUGAGCUCAGGGAGAACGAGUUCCUCUUUCAUCUCCUCCUCGGCGAGAUCCCUAUCCAGCCCUCGUUGUCUUGGGAUGGUCAGCUCAUGACCGGGCCUGAGUUUCUGAUAUCCGAAUCAUCCAUGACUUUCAUAUCCUUCCUUGCCCUCCGCGCGAUCACUCUCGAGUACGCUAGCAUUGAGCUGUGCAGCGUCUCCCAACACAGACUACCACACUUCAAACGGCGACUCAUCGACGCUCUGAAUGGACAGCUUAAGGGGGACGAUGGCGAGCUCAUGCCAGUGUCGAGCAUUUUCGAUCUCUUCGACUUCCUCCCGCCAGAUGGGCAGAACUGGGGAGUGCCACCACCACAAUUUCAAUACUACCGCGACCUAGACCUGAGGCCCUGCUUGGCUGAAGAUGCGGAUGGCAACCCCAUAUACAACAUCGACAGGGUCAAGGACAUCUUGCUGUUGAAACGCAACGAGUUCGCUAACUUGGGCCAGAUUGCCGCCGAGAAGGACAUAGACUUGCUGGACAGGGAGGAGUUGCUCCUCGUGGAAUUCCUUGAGUUCUCGAACCGGCAAAAACAACUGAGCUCCUUCCGCCUCAAAGUGCUCAGGUAUUGGAGCAAUGUGCUGUUAGUCAUGUUCGAGUCGAACGAGUUCAAGGGCAGCGCACAAACCUCGUUCCUCCUUCAGGCUCUCCAAGCCGUACUCCCCAGCCUCGAGAUAUAUGCGUCGGAUAGCCCAGACGAGGCAUAUGAGCUGGCCAAACUGGCCAAGAUUCUCCUCUUCAAGAUCGACUUCUCGACAACGGCAUCUGAAAGCGGAGACAGUCGGAGAACCGGAGACCUGGUCAGCGACAAACUCUUCCAGCUCUUCCAGAUCUGCCUGGCGGCCAUAGGCAAAUGGGCCGGGAACUCGGAGCUCCGCGCCCUGUACUACAGCAUCUGCUACCGCUAUCUCGCGGGCAUCGUCCAGAAGGACCAGGACUUCCUGCCCAGCCGCCACAAGGCGGUCAAGUCAAUUCAUGUGCAUGGGGAGAGGCUGCUGAACGUCAUCUGCGACGACGCCUACGGGAGCGACGCCGCCUGCCAGACCGCGGCUCUCAUCCUCAUCAACGCCCUUGUCAAGGUGGGUAGCGUCGAGGACGACGCGUACGUGGUUGAGAACCUGAACAGGCUGAACUUCAUCGGCAUCCUGGUCGACUCGCUCAGGUCCGUGCUGGCAGAGUGGCUCGAGAUCGUCCAAACAAGGAACAUGGAGGCCGAGCUCCUCUGGAACGCCAGGCUCGCCCUGGUGAUGUCCAUCUGCCAGACGCGUGAUGGCGCCAAGCACGCCCUGCAGGCGAACCUCUUCCCGGCCAUCGAGCAGUCGGGCCUCUUCGCGGCGGACCCGGAGCUCCUCGAGGACGUGCCCGGCGCCGCAGCCCUGGAGAGGCACUACGCGCUGCUCGUGCGCGUGGCGCGCGUCGUCUGCGCCGCCGUGCUCACCCGCGGCCCGCAGAGCAGCGUCGCGCAGGGACCCGCGCGCCGCUUCCUCUCCGAGCAUAGGAUGCUCGUCGUGCAGACUCUCAAGCGCAGCGCGGGCAUCGGCGGCGCUGGAGCAGAAGGAGGAGGUGCUGGCGGGGCCGCCAACAGGGAGGCGGCGCUGCUCCUCGGGGAGGCCGUGGAGGAGCUGGCCGAGUCGUUCAUGGUGCUCAUCGCCGCGACGGGGUUCCUCGAGUUCGAGGAGGAGAUGGCCGCGCCCAAGAGCAACGGGCAGCAGGCCGGGGGGCUGCCGGUGCUGUUUCACUGA